AGCGAUUCAGUUGAGUCAAAGUCGUCGUGUGUGUGCAACGAUACAAAGUUAACGCCGUUAUUAUCCUCAACUGACUUGGAAAAUUUAAAUAAAAAUUUAAAUACUAUAAACGAAUUUAAUCAAAAAUUAAAUUCAAACGUAAAUAAAUCAAUAAAUUAUCAACAACGCGCAAAUUACAGCAUGGAUUGUAAAGAAUUCGCUAAAUUAAAUGGCAGCGACGAUGAACGCGAUUGCAUUGGCUUACACGGCACCGCAGGUGAAAGUGAUGUACCUAGUAAAAUCUCAGGAUUGGAGCAUCUGAAGAAUAAGAAAUAUAAUAAGGGCUUGGCCUUCUGCUUGGAAGAACGUCAAUUGCUCGGUAUACACGGUUUACUGCCUGCAGUUGUAAAGACCGAGGAAGAGCAAGUUACUCAUUCAUUGAUAUUACUGAAUCGUUUGGAAAACAAUUUGGACAAGUAUAUGUAUCUCAGUGACUUGGCUGAACGUAAUGAACGUUUAUUCUACAAGGUGUUGGCAUCGGAUGUGAGCAAAAUGAUGCCAAUCGUUUAUACACCGACCGUUGGUUUGGCUUGUCAAAACUUCAGUAAAAUCUUUACUCAUCCUAAAGGCAUGUACAUAACCCUUAAUGAUAGUGGACAUAUCUAUGAUGUCUUAAAGAAUUGGCCUGAAACGGAUGUACGUGCUAUUGUGGUUACAGAUGGUGAACGUAUUUUGGGUCUUGGUGAUUUAGGUGCUAACGGUAUGGGCAUACCAGUGGGCAAAUUAUCAUUGUAUACUGCUCUAGCUGGUAUCAAACCAAGCCAGUGUUUGCCUAUAACACUUGAUGUUGGCACAAAUAAUCAAAGCUUACGUGAUGAUCUGCUUUAUGUUGGUUUACGUCGCAAUCGUCUUUCUGGAGUGGUGUAUGAUGAAUUCAUUGAUGAAUUUAUGCAUGCCGUUGUCAGACGUUUUGGACAAAACUGUCUCAUACAAUUCGAAGAUUUCGGCAACGCUAAUGCUUUCCGCCUGUUAGCUAAAUAUCGUGAUAAUUUCUGCACCUUUAAUGAUGAUAUACAGGGUACUGCUUCUGUAGCAUUAGCUGGCAUUUUAUCAUCACUGAAAAUAAAGGAUACUGCUCUAAAAGAAAACACUAUUCUCUUCUUUGGUGCCGGUGAAGCUGCUUUGGGUAUUGCAGGCCUUUGUCUUAUGGCUCUUAUCGAUAAUGGUCUAACAGAGGAAGAAGCUAAAAAACGUAUUUGGAUGGUUGAUAGCAAGGGUCUUAUUGUCGUAGAUCGUCCAAAAGGUGGACUUACAUCGCAUAAAUUAAGAUUCGCACAAAAUCAUGAACCUAUUGAUUGUCUUGCCGAAGUCGUAAAAGCUGUUAAGCCAACAGUAUUAAUUGGUGCUGCUGCUGUUGGUGGCGCAUUUACACAAGAUAUUCUAGAAUCGAUGGCUCUAUAUAAUGAUAUUCCCAUUAUAUUUGCACUAUCCAAUCCAACAGACAAAGCCGAAUGUACUGCUGAAGAAGCUUAUACACAUACCAAAGGUACUUGCAUUUUCGCUUCUGGUUCACCAUUCCAACCUGUCGAAUACAAUGGUAAAUUACUACAUCCCGGUCAGGGUAACAAUUCGUAUAUUUUCCCCGGUGUCGCAUUGGGUGUUAUUUGUGCUGGCAUGUUGACCAUACCAGAGGAAAUAUUUUUAAUUGCUGCAGAAAAAUUGGCUUCGUUAUGUACACCCUCGGAUUUGGCAAAGGGCAGCUUAUAUCCACCCUUGCACAAGAUCACCAAAUGUUCAGUGGAAAUUGCUAUAAGUGUUAUGGAUUAUGCAUAUAAAAAUGGUUUAGCUACAGUACGACCUGAACCGGCAGAUAAGGCGAAGUUUAUUAGAGCACAAAUGUACAAUCCUAAUUAUCAACCAACUUUCCCCAAAACAUGGUUGCAAAAACUUUAAGCCGCUAAUAAGCUUAUAAUUUUUAUAUAUUUUAAUUUCUGAUUCACUUACACAUAUACACGCUUUUUAUAACAUUUCGACAUUUUAUUAAACUUUUAUUAAACAAU